GGCUAGGGCUCUCAUACUCCUUUCUUAAUGAGAUCGUGAUGAAUAUUCAUAUCGGAUCCAAAACGAGGCUAGCGUCGGUAGAAACUAUGGCGGCUGAAUUGAAAGUCAAAACAUCGACUCGUGAUUUAACUACCGUACUUGUCAUUUCCUUCAGUUUUGUGGAGGAAGUUGUAGGAAAGUGUGUUAAAAGUGAUGGUACAAAAGAGCUCACCAAAGGAUAUAAGUAUUUUAGUGAGAAAUACGUCACAGACAUAAGAGUUAAAGACGCUAUAUCUGCUUAUACUGUUAUACAUACUGUACUUGUACUUUCAGUUUCACACGACAAUAUAAACAAACCAAGGUUAUUUCCCCAUUCUAAUCUAUUAUAUAAUUAUGCUUUUAAAUUAAAACUUACAGUGUAUGCUUUGGAUGGUUAUGAAGGAUGUCUUAUAAGAGCUAGAUGUUAUAGAUCCCAGAAAAAGAAUGAGUCCCCACAUGAUGUAGAGGUAGUAAUAAAGAAAGGACCGGUGUUUGGAAGAGAAGACAGCAAGUGUUCCUGUGCAGUUGGUAGAUCUGGAUGUUGUGGACACAUUGUAGGUGUAUUGUACUCCAUUGCGCAUAUGAAAGCAUCCAAUCUUAAGGCAGUUCCGACUGAUGUUGCCAAGACUUCCUUACCACAAACUUGGCAUGUUCCAAGAG